AUGUUUAAUAUACCAGUGUCAUCAUCGUCAUCGUCAUCGUCAUCAUCUUCAACACCUUCAUUCUCAAAGAAAACAAUUACAUCUGAUGAAUGGGAGAGAAAGUUGAAUGAAAGAAAGCGAGAGAAAGAGGAUAUAUUAAUAAUUUAUCAUGUUGUUUGUUGUCUUAGUGAUUUAAAUAAAUUGGUUAUGAAUUAUUUAGUUAUUGAAGGUUAUAAAGAAGCAGCUGAUAUGUUUCAAAAGGAAUCAGGAACAAAGAGUUCUGUUGAUUUGCAUACAAUUGAAGAUAGAAUGGCAAUUAGAUCGGCAAUACAAAGAGGUGAUAUAGAACAAGGUAUUGAGAUUGUCAAUGAUUUGAAUCCAGAGAUAUUAGAUACGAAUCCACAAUUAUACUUUCAUUUACAACAACAAAGAUUGAUAGAGCUGAUAAAGAAAGGCAAGUUGGCAGAAGCCAUUCAAUUUGCUCAAGAGGAACUAGCUCCGCAAUGUGAAGAAAAUAGUAAAUUUUUAGAGGAAUUAGAAAGAACAAUGUCAUUGUUGGUAUUUGAUGAUAUACUGAAAUCACCACUCUCUGAUUUGGUUGAUAGUUCACAACGACAAAAGACAGCAAGCGAGUUGAAUGCAGCUAUUUUAGUGAGUCAGAGUCAAGAUAAAGACCCAAAGCUCCCAACCAUUCUCAAACUACUACACUGGGCACAAUCACAGCUAGAUGAACGAUGUAAUUACCCAAAGAUGAAGAAUUUCGUAACUGGUGAAUAUAGAGAUGAAUCAGAUAAUAAUAAAGUUUAA